AGCAGGUACUCCGAUCCUGGUUUUGGGCCUCCGCCAGCAACCGGCCUCGCUGCGCGGCCAGAUGUUGCAACCGCCGCCGCCGCCACUUUCGGCUGCUGGCUCUCUCCGCGGGCUGCUCCGCCUCCAGCCCAGUCCAGAGCCGGCCACGAGUAGCUGGGCGGGAGGAGGAGGAGGAGGAGGAGGAAGAGCAAAGCCCCCUUCGGGAAUGCGCCCCUGAGUCCCGGCGGAGCGAUGGGGAUGCUGCUGCCCGGGGAUCGCGGCGUCCUGCUGGGGCUCUGGGCUGCCCUCCUGCGCAGGCUCCGAGGCGAGAAGUCCUGGGCCCGCAAGCUGGACGAAAUUAACCUGUUGCAGCAGAAGAGGAUUUGGGAGUCGCCUCUCCUCUUGGCAGCAAAGGAAAACGAUGUCUCCGCCAUUCAGAAGAUGCUUGCCAGCCAUAGCUGUGACCUUCAUGAGAGAGGUGCUGUUGGAGAGACAGCGCUUCACAUAGCUGCCCUCUACAAUAGCUUGGAAGCUGCCCAGCUCCUGAUGGACUCAGCUCCAGAACUUGUGAAUGAGGCGAUGACAUCCAAGCUCUACACAGGGGAGACGGCGCUUCACAUAGCUGUGGUGAACAAAAAUGUGAAGCUGGUGAAAGCCUUGCUUGAAAAGGGAGCAGACAUUAAUGGUCCACGAGCCACUGGAUACGUCUUCAAGAGGAGGAGCGACAAUCUUAUUUACUUUGGGGAACAUAUUUUAUCUUUCGCAGCCUGUGCAGGGAGCGAAGAAGUUGUGCAGUUGCUCAUUGACAACGGCGCUGACAUCCGAGUACAAGACUCCUUAGGCAACACCGUCCUCCAUAACUUAGUCCUCCAGCCAAAUAAAGCAGCUGCAUGUCAAAUGUACCACCUGUUCCUCUCCUACAACAAACAAGACAAGAAGCAGCGAGACAUAGACUCCAUCCCCAACCAUGAGGGACUCACUCCAUUUAAAUUGGCUGGGAUUGAGGGCAACACCAUGAUGUUUCAGCACUUAAUGCAAAGAAGAAAGCACAUCCAGUGGACUUUUGGGCCUGUGACGUCCACCUUGUACGAUCUUACAGAAAUUGACUCAUGGGGCGAUGAUCAGUCUCUCCUGGAACUCAUUGUCACCACCAAAAACAGAGAGGCGCGGCGGAUCCUAGACCUCACGCCUGUGAAUGAGCUAGUAAGCCUGAAGUGGAAUAAAUAUGGGCGGCCGUAUUUCUGUGUCCUGGCCUUCUUCUACGUUCUCUACAUGAUUUGCUUCACCAUGUGCUGCGUCUAUCGCCCUCUGAAACAACGGAGCUGGAAUAAAACCCACGAAAGGGACAACACGAUCUACAUUCAGAAGCAGCUGCAGGAGGCUUAUCUAACACCUGAAGAUGAUCUGAGACUGGUUGGUGAGCUCAUCACCGUUAUCGGAGCCAUAGUGAUAUUGAUCCUGGAGAUUCCAGAUAUUGUCCGAGUUGGGAUCACCAAGUACUUUGGGCAGACGAUUCUUGGAGGACCUUUCCAUGUCAUCAUCAUCACAUAUGCCUGCAUGAUCCUGGUGACCAUGGUCAUGCGUCUCAUGAGCACUCAAGGAGAGGUCGUCCCCAUGUCCUUUGCUCUGGUCCUCGGCUGGUGCAAUGUCAUGUAUUUUGCACGGGGAUUUCAGAUGCUGGGCCCCUUCACCAUCAUGAUUCAAAAGAUGAUCUUUGGAGACCUACUACGUUUCUGUUGGUUAAUGGCCGUGGUGAUCCUUGGAUUUGCAUCUGCUUUUUAUAUCAUCUUCCAAACAGAAGACCCUGAUGAGUUGGGUCACUUUUAUAACUAUCCAAUGGCUCUGUUCAGCACUUUUGAGCUCUUCCUCACCAUCAUUGAUGGACCAGCCAACUAUGAAGUGGACUUGCCUUUCAUGUAUGGGAUCACCUACUCUGCCUUCGCUGUCAUUGCCACCCUCCUUAUGCUCAAUCUACUUAUUGCCAUGAUGGGUGAUACCCACUGGCGUGUGGCCCAUGAGCGAGAUGAGCUUUGGAGAGCACAGGUUGUUGCCACUACAGUAAUGCUAGAGCGCAAACUCCCACGAUGCCUCUGGCCUCGUUCUGGGAUCUAUGGCCAGGAGUACGGGCUCGGUGACCGGUGGUAUCUCAGGGUUGAACAUCGGUGUGAAGGCUGGCAGCAAAAGAACCAGCUGGGUGCUAAAAAAUAUGGAUCCCAUCGAAGAGAGGGCUUUGAAAAGUACUUGAAGAGGAAGCCAGCACGGGGGGCAGAAGAUUGCAGGCUGUUUCACUCAGAGAAGCAGCUGCCCUUUGCCACUCCUUCCGGCACACCAAAUUUAUCUCGGAGCAGCUCUCGUUCUGGCUGGGAUAUUGUAAGGCGCAACACACUACGGCAGGGACACACCAAUCAUGCCAUGGAAGAGGAAGAGGUCUACCAUGUGUGAGCGCUGGAACCGUGGCCUCCAAGCCUGCAGAACACACCGACUUAACGUCUCCAGCAGUGAGGAUGAUCAUGGAACUCUUGGUGGUUUGAAGCCCAGACUGGAACACAUUUCAUUAAUCUGAUGCCAGUAGCACGCAGGUGUGGGCUUUCUGGACUCUUCCUGGCCACAUGGCGUCCAUUCUCGCAGUUGGUGAUUGCAUGAGCAUCAUUUCGUUCCACUCCACAAAACUCUUAGAACCUUUUUAAGCGAAGGACCUACCAAAGCUUUCUUGGAACAUGUGUUGCACUGCCAAGCUGAGCUAAAUAGGAAGGAAAUGAUUUCUAAUGUGCGAUGUUAUUUAUCUCUUAUGUGGGUGGGUGUUUUCUCGUAUCGUGCUUUUCCUCCCUCCACCCUCUUUGUCUCUUGCUCCUUCCCAGUCUGUGUUCUCUCUUACGCAGAGACCAGCUCUUUGGAUGGGGUCUUUGGAGUAGGAAACUAUGGUCCGAGUGUGUAUGUGGGGUCUCACGUACACCUCUCUCCCGCUCUCAGUUGUGCACAGGGCAGGGAAAUGUGCAAUGUAAUGAUGUUGACAUCACACGUUUUAGUUUACUGUGGGGAUAAGAAGGACUGUGGGGUUGCUAGCAUAGACCCUGCAUUGCUACUGUUCUAAGAAAACCUGACUGUCGCUUGUUUACAAUUGCAAAUCAACUGUGUGCAUUUUAAGUGUCAUUGCCUGCUGUUUUAUGAAGAGUCUGGGUGAUAGAAUGAAGUUGGAAUAAUUCUGUAACUACCAUACCAAGGAUCCUUCUGAGUGCUGCUGUGAUAAAAGAUCAUUCUUUUGUUUGAUUGCACUUUUGCUUUGGAAUUUGAGCUUUGGUUUCCAGAUCCUUAAUUUCUUGUUUGUUUUUGAUGUCACAGGGUAAUGUUAGACAGUUGACAGCUCAUUUCUGUUGUUUUAUGUGUAAACUGUUAACUGUGUCCCUUGCUGUUGUUGUUCAAGUUGUUAAUCUGUUAACCCAGUCCUGGGUUAAGUAUAGAAUCCUGAGGAACUUUG